AUGUGGUCCAAAGGGCCAUUCAAGUCUCGACGGAACCCCACAUCAAACCCGUCUCCGUCUCCUCCGGGUUCGCGGGAUAAACAAAAGGGUCUACCUCCUUUGCCUAGUGACUCGGUCAAAAAAGCUCCCUCACAUGACAUGAAAAAAAGAUACUCAGACGUCUCGUCUAUUGGAUCGCCAGGUCCUGGUCAUGAAUGGCAUGGUAGCCAAAGUAGCUUCUGUGUGUCACCAAUAGAGGAAGGACAACCAUUUCCUCCUGCGCAAAAGGACUAUCGGGUGUCUUCGGCACCAGCUCCGAUUCUUAUGGCUGAGAAAACAUACACAGCCUCACAGUCUACGCUGCAGCCUGUCCAGUCAGUUCACAAACUCACUCGAUUUGCGCCUGAGCGGCCAGCGGAUUGGGACAAUUAUGCGCCUGAGCCACCCGCAACUAUAACAGGCAAAACACGCGCCACCUCAUCACACAAGCCCUCUGGAUCCCAUACAUCCAACUUGCUCACUUGGGGUCGCGCGCAACUCCGCCCCACCAAAAAGCUCAACGAAUCGCGAACUCGAAUGAGCAGCGUCUCAAAGAACGAGGAACCUGCACCAGAACUCAGAAAUAGAUCCUCGUCACGUGUGUUAUCAAAGGAAGCGUUGUCAAAGGAAACACCCUCCAACCGCGCCCCAGAGCCGAGUCCCCAGAUUGGAAGUUUCGGUUUUGUCCCGUCAACAGUUACAACCAUCAGUGCCGGUGGCCCAGUUUACGUGCCCCCAAGGCCAGCAACAGACCACGCCCCCAGUCACCCGUGGCCGAACCCGCCAGUGUUUAAAUUCGACGACGACGAUAGGAUCGCCAGCAUGAUGCUUCGAAGCGAUGAGCCAGCUUCCCGUUUCAGCGGAACCACUGACACGGCCACUGACGCGGGCAGCCAGGACGCAAGCCCGCGCGAGAGCUUCCAGAUUGAGAACCGGUCCACAGAUGACCUUUUGUCAGCCUCUUCUAUCAUGUCACGACGCCGACCAGUUCCCAACGGCAUGCCCGUCUCGAAGAAGUCUUCGACUGAUAUUUCCAGGAAGCCUGUUCGCAAGCCUACCCCGUCCCAGGUGGCACAGAUGCCUGCGGAGAAUCAGACGCCUCUUGCGCCUGAGGAGCCCAAGGAUGCACAGGGCCGUAUUGAGGCUCUGGAGACCAAGCGGAAUGAACUUGCCCAGCGCAGAUUUAACUUGCAAACCAUGGUUGAUGAGUUGAAUAAGGUUAUCCAGCCUACCUCUAUUGCUUACGAUUUGGCCGCCAAAGCUGAAGUUAAGAAGAGUCUUCAGAGUAUUGGGAAUGAGAUCGAUGAGAUCAAGAAAGAAGAGCAUGAUCUUGGAAUGAAGAUCGCUCGUGCAUGGCGUCGGUUCGACGAGAAGGAGAAUAAUGGCGAUGGUAAUAGUCUCUGGGUCAAGCGUGUCACUAGUUAA